CAGCAGCCGGCAGCCAUCCCACCAGCCACAGUACCAGCCACAUGCACAGCCGCAGCUCUCUUUUUUAUUUUCUUUCCUUUCUUUGCACGAUCUCGAGAUAUCUGCUUCUGAUAUUCCUCGUAUUAUCCUAUCUGCUGCGUUCAAGAUGUCCGCUCUUUUGUUUGACGAUCUAUUUACAAUCACCUCUCUCGACGACAAGCGCUACGACCGCGUCUCGCGUGUGACUGCGACAUCAAACAGCUCCGCAGACAUCCACCUCACUCUUGAUCUCAACACCGAGCUCUUCCCCGUCUCCGGCGGCGAGAUUCUCUCGAUCGCGCUCGCAAAGACGCUCUCGCUUGACGGUGACUCGGCGCAGGUUACUUCUGCUUCUGGAUGGAGAGAGUCGAAGCCUGGUGAGCGGGGGCUGGCGGAUGACUACGACUAUGUCAUGUACGGCACCGUAUACAAGUUCGAGGAGGGCAAGAACGAAAACAUUGCCGUUUACGUUUCCUUCGGUGGUCUGCUGCUCUGUCUGGAGGGCUCAUACAAAAAGCUUGCAUCUCUCAAGCAGGAAAACAUCUACAUCCUCAUCCGACGAUAAGCCAUAGCAAUAAGCCUUUUGACUGCUGCUCUUUACCGCCACUUUUCCGCGUUUUUGUUUGUUUAAUCUUGUUUGCUUCAGGUGUCUUUCUGGUAUCAGUGAGCUUCUAUACACAAUCUCAUCUAGAUCUCAGCGGUUCGGUCCUUGUACUUUUAUCUAUCCUCUUUUGUUUUCUGCUCUGGGACAAAAAGUUUGCUGUAUUAUAUAAUUCUCUCAUAGUUUUCUGUUAAUUUCAACUUUUAGGAUCUCAUAAAAAUAUCUACAU